GGAGGCAGAGUCACUCGCCCCCGAGUGCCAGCAAUGGGACCUUCUCUUCAGACGAGGAAACCCUGGAGAACAAUCUGAGGUCCUUCAGCUGUUCUAUGGGAGCACGGGCGUUCUCCCAUGACAGUGUUUUUAUCCCUGAUGGGGGAGCAGAAAGUGAGCAGACAGUUCAAGCAAUGUCACAGGACAACAUCCUGGGCAAAGUCAAAACUCUUCAGCGACAGUUGGGCAAGAAUAUCAAGUUUGGGCAGCGGCCAUCCAACACCAUUCCCAUGAAGAAGUCAGGCAGUGCAGACGCUAGCUCAGAGGAGGACUUUGUCCUCACCAGUCCCAUGGAGAUUGUGACCCAGCAGGAUAUUGUCCUCUCAGACACGGAAAACAAAUCCGGUGAUACACCAAGUUCCUCAAGUCCUCUGAAUCUACCUGAAGCCGGAAGUGACAUGGAAGAGAAGAUUGCUCCAGUUAAACCCUCUCGGCCAAAAAGGCACUUGCCUCCCGCCGGCACCAUUGAAAGUGUCAACUUGGAUGCCAUCCCCCUGGCCAUCGCUCGUCUGGACAACAGUGCUGCCAAGCACAAACUCUCCGUGAAGCCAAAAAACCAGAGGGUGUCAAGGAAGCACAGGUGGCUCGUCCAGGACCGAAAGAAUGAAUCAGGCAGCUUUGAGAGUCAGUCCUCCCUGGACCAGAAUGGGCAGCUAGGAGAAGAGAAGUACAUUUGGCACGGAGAGGAAGCAGAACCUUUGGAAGCCCAUGAAGAGAAAAGACAGCAGGAAGAGUAUUGGCGGGAACUCGAAGCCAAGUGCAAACGACAAAAAGCCGAAGCCGCUGAGAAGAGGCGCCAGGAAGAGCAGAGGCGGCAGGCGCUGGAGAGGAGGCUUUGGGAGGAGAGCCUCAGACAGGAGCUGCUGGAGGAGGUGGAGGAGGAGGGCGAAGAGGUGGGCCUGCAGCUACAGGCAGGGAAGGCGCCUCCAGAGGAAGGGCUGCGGUCUGGUCUGGAGCAACAGCGCUGUGCAGAGCAAGAGCUGGAGGAAGCCGACGACCCCUCCCGCCUGGAGGCAGAAAAGCGCAGACAUGAGCAGGAAGAGGCCGAGGGGCAGGCGGAGAAACUGAGGCAGCGCGAGAUCGAGAGGCAAGAGGAGGAACUGAGGCAGCGCGAGGCCGAGAGGCAGGAGGAGGAACUGAGGCAGCUCGAGGCCGAGAGGCAAGAAGAGAAACUGAGGCAGCUCGAGGCCGAGAGGCAAGAGGAGGAAGUAAGGCAACGCGAGGCUGAGAGGCAGGAGGAGGAACUGAGGCAGCGGGAAGCUAAAAGGCAAGAGGAAGAACUAAGGCAACGCGAGGAGGCUGAGUGGCAGGAGAAACUGAGGCAGCGCGAAGCCCAGAGGGAAGAGGAGGAACUAAGGCAGCACGAGGCUGAGAGGCAAGAGAAACUGAGGCAGCGCGAGGCUGAAAGACAAGAGGAGGAACUAAGGCAGCGCGCUCAGGAGGAGGAAGCCAAGAGGAUGCUGCAGAAGGAGGAGGAGGAGGCCAAGUGCAUGGAAGAGCUGAAAGGUCGGGAAAAGGAGGCGCCUGAGCCGCUGGUGGAGGAAGGCCCGCAGAGUCCAGACGGAGAGAGCCAGCGUUGGCUAACGGAUGACGCUGUCCAGCAAAGCCCACUGCAGCGGGAUCUUGAGAAGCCAGGGGGACGAGAAGACCUGGAAUCCCCAGGGCAGAGAGACAUCGCCGGGGAGCAGAGAGGAGACAUGGAGCCGGCAGAGCAGAGCGGAGACUUGGGCGCGCGCUGCGGUGGUGUAGACGUGGAAGGGAAAGAAGUCGCUCAGGUAGACAAUCUCCAGCCGCAAGAGAGACUGAUGGAAGAUACGCCGGCCCCGGGGGAGAAGGAAGCCACCGCCGCAGACAUCGACCGAAAGGUGGAGGAGCUCCGGUGGCAGGAGGUGGACGAGCGGCAGACCAUGCCCCGGCCCUACACGUUCCAGGUAUCCUCCGGGAGUAGGCAGAUUCUCUUCCCCAAAGUCAACCUGAGCCCGGUGACACCAGCCAAGGACGCGAGCCUGGCCCCAGCGGCCCAGGAACCGCCCGCGCCCCGCGGUGCCGGUGCCGCCUCGCACGCCCUGCCCUCGGCGCUGAGCAUCCCACACACGGCCAUACUGGUCACCGGAGCGCAGCUCUGCGGCCCGGCGGUCAACCUGAGCCAGAUCAAGGACACGGCGUGCAAGUCUCUCCUGGGCUUGUCAGAUGAAAAGCGCCCUGUGGACGUCCCUACGGUGGAGCCCAGGGCUGGCGGCGGGAAGUCCAGACCUGCUCCAGAGUCACCGAGCAAUGCAGCCGCGCUAGCCGAGUGGGCUUCCAUUCGAUCCAGAAUCCUGAAGAACUCGGAGGGCGACCAGCGUGGCGACAAAGAGCCGGCCAGAGCUGGGGACGAGCCAGCGCCUCGAGCGCGGUGCGAUUCCCGAGGGAACGUGCGCAGGACGCCGCCAGUCAACGCCAAGUUCUCCAUCAUGCCUGCCUGGCAGAAAUUCUCGGACAGCGGCUCAGAGACCUUCAAACAGAGCCUGGACGGUGAGAGCGUAAGGAAAAAGCUGGGGCUAGCGCCCAGCGAAGAGACCGCACCCCAGCCUCUGCCUGCAGCGGCUCAGCAACAGGUAAGCCAGGAACAACCAGACACCACUGACGGAUGCAAAUUUGCCAAAGACCUUCCAUCUUUCCUCGUUCCAAGCCUGCCUUCUCCGCAGAAAGCUGCGACCCGCACAGAGUCCACGACCACUUUGGACGGCGAGACCACGAGUGACGUAGGAAACCCAGACCCUGCGAUGCCUGGAAGUGAGGAAAAGGCCUCGCCCUUUGGAAUAAAAUUGAGAAGGACCAACUACUCCUUGCGCUUCCACUGUGACCAACAGGCGGAACAGAAGAAGAAAAAGAGGCACAGCAGCACUGGAGACAGUGUGGAUGGGGCCACCCCUGCAACUGGGAGCGCCCCUGGAGAGAGAGAGCCUGAAGCCAUGUUCCUCAAGCAUGGUUCAUCCCUUCCCCAGGAGAGAAAGCCAGCCCUACCCCCUCGGAAAGACUCUGCUGAAAGCCAUUCUAGUGGUCACUAUGUUGCUGUAGCCCAGUCUGGACUACCACAGGCCAGUGGCCAGACCCCAGCUCCAGAACAAGACAAGGCAGCAAGCAAAAUGCCAUCCAUGCAGAAGCCGGCCCUGGCUCCCAAGCCUGCCAGCCAGACCCCACCUUCAUCCCCACUCUCCAAACUGAGCAGACCCCACAUAGUAGAGCUGCUGGCUAGGCGAGCUGGCAAGCUCGACUCCGAGCCCAGUGAGACUGCCAAGGAGAACCAGGAGAGCAGUGAUAACCAGCCACCGUCGCCAUCGCUGCCGGAGGAGCCGAAGGGGCAGAAGAGGGAUGAGAAAGAUGUGCCAGAAAAGAAGCCCGCUUCCCCGCCUCUGCCAGCCAGCCAGCAAGAGAGACCUUCCCUAACUCCUGAAACAGGUAGAAAAGAGAAGCCCGUGCUUCAGAGCAGGCACUCUGUAGACGGCUCCAAGUUGACAGAGAAAGCUGAAACUGCUCAGCCACUGUGGAUAACAUUGGCACUGCAGAAGCAAAAGGGAUUUCGUGAGCAGCAAGCAACUCGAGAGGAGAGGAAGCAAGCCCGGGAGGCCAAACAAGCAGAAAAGCUCUCCAAAGAAACCGUCAGUGUCAGCCUACAGCCUGGAAGCAGUCGGGUAAGCAAAGCUGGUUCCGUGCACAAGCCUGCUGCUCCAUCUGAAGAGAAAAAGCCAGAAACAGCAGUGUCCAGGCUGCAGCGCAGAGAGCAGCUGAAGAAGUCCAACACUCUUCCCACGUCUGUGACAGUGGAGAUCUCAGACUCUGCGCCCUCAGCACCACUGGUAAAAGAGGUCACCAAGAGGUUCUCCACCCCAGAUGCUGCCCCCGUGUCCACAGAACCUGCCUGGCUGGCUUUGGCCAAAAGAAAAGCAAAGGCCUGGAGCGACUGUCCACAAAUUAUUAAGUAAACAGUGACUUUUAUCCAUUUCUGUGGCCAGUUGUUG